CAUUGCAUACAGCUAAUAAGUAAAACGAAUCCACAGACUCCCUCAACAAAUCCAAAGCUUGGUUGGGCAAGGAAGUGCACUAUAUUGUGUUGUAUUAUUGUAUAUGAAAAAAAAAGAUUCGCUGCGUUUCGUAUUGUUUUUUUUUUCUUUUACAUGAUCAGUUUUUCAUUUUAGUGGUGCCCCCCAACUGCUCAAACCUUGGUGUGACUUUGGAUGCAGAGGUCACGAUGAUCACUGGAUUCCGUUAUACGCACAAGAAACAUCUUGUUCAAAGACUUAAUAUUCCCUUUUCUUUUUUAUUUUUUCUUCCUUCCUUUUCUUCUGUUUCCUUCACAGGUUGCUUUUUGAUUUCCUUGCUUUCUUUUCUUUUUUGAACAUCCUCUCGAUUAGUGUUGUUUUCUCACUCUUCCUGGUUUAUUUCUAUGGAUCUUAAUAUCUGUCUGUAUUGUGAAAAGCAUUUACCGGAAGACAAUAUGAUAUUUUGCUCUACGAUUUGCCAAGACAAUGAAGCUUCGAAAAAGUCGUAUGUAUCGUACUCGUAUCGUAUGUUAGCUCAACGACCCUUCACCACCGAAGGUCUGCAAUUAUAUGAACUCUCGUAUCCACGACGAAACUCUGGAUUUCCCGUAAAAAAAUUCUCAUCCAACUCCUCCUUACCUUCGCCUUCACCUUCCUGUUCAUCGUUUAGCUCGUUAAAUAGCUCCUUGUUUUCCUUUCUCGAAGACAGCGGCAUGUUGCAUUCCACCGUAUAUAAUUCAUCCAUCCAUUCAGACAGUGAUUUAGAUAGUGUACAUACAUUUUAAAGCUCUAAAAAAAAAGAAAGGCCAACGUUUCAUCUUACUCUUGCACUUGGAUUGAUUCUCAUAAUUUUUCUUCGAUAGACCAGAAAAAAAAAGCCUUAACCUGACAAUGAUCAUAUUGUACGAGAUUAAAAAAAUCCAACG